AUGGUGGUGGAGGUGGCAAAUUUCUGCACACCCGCGGAGGGAAAGGGAGAAGAUAAGUUGGAUAAAGACUACGAGCACUUACUCCCUGAUCUGCUGGUGGCUGAGCACAAUGAACGAAGCGACUGUGUGUUUUGUCUUACUGACCAGCCUUGUAUGUCUAGCGAAAACCCAGAGUCGUGGAUAUCAGAGAAUACUUGGAGAAAGCGCUCUUCGAAAAUACGAAAUAUCGGAAUUUGCCUCACCCACGAGUCGGUCCUGACCAAAUGCCUCUCUGAUGCCGACUGUCCCGAGACAAAGUGCUGCCAUCGUCAACGUCGCCGCGGUGGUUUUGGUACUUGCGCCUACGUGUGCGACGAUAACGAGAUUCUGAUGGACAUGCCCUCCAACUUGCCAGUGGGCAGCUAUCGGGGUGACGACUUCUGGAAUUACUGGCUACACAAACGCCACUUCACCACCCCGCGGCAACGCUACUUCCAUCGUAAAUGGUAG